GAUAAAUUAUCAGUAGAGUGAUAAAUACAGCAGGAAAUUAUCCUGUGGACCCCGGACACGAAAAACAGAAGCAACGCCCCAGAGCGGUGACGUCGCCCUGGAAAUCGACAAAAACAAGACUUGGCCAGGAAGCGAGUCAGUCAGUCGCUAUCUAUCUCCCUCUGCGGUCGUUCGUUUCUUCAUUAUUGGGGCCGUUUUGGGGACCAGAACGCCCGUGAAAACGCAAUAAUCAACUGUCUGUAUAAUCCCAAAGGAUUUUAAAGUCGGUGUGCAAAGUUAAAAAUAACUCAUCCACAUACUCGCCAGCGAUCUAUCAGACUCAGCCGAGGGAGUGAGAGCCAGUAACCGUCCGUAGUAACCACAAACGACAACGCCAACGCAUCAGUUGCCAUCUCAGAGGAGGAUCCGCAUCCGCUCUAAUCCGAUCCGAACAUGGCAACCUCACCACGCACCGGCGGUGCCAGUGGCGCCGGAACAGCGCAGCGACCAAAUGGCACCUCCCAGAAUAAAAGUUGCCAAUUCAAGCUGGUGCUGUUGGGCGAGUCGGCUGUUGGGAAAUCCUCCCUGGUCCUGCGAUUCGUCAAGGGACAGUUUCACGAGUACCAGGAGAGCACGAUAGGUGCUGCCUUCCUCACACAGACCAUUUGCAUAGAAGACACUGUUGUCAAGUUCGAGAUCUGGGAUACGGCUGGACAGGAGCGAUACCACAGCUUAGCUCCUAUGUAUUACCGGGGAGCGCAGGCCGCCAUCGUCGUCUAUGAUAUUCAGAAUCAGGACAGUUUUCAAAGGGCGAAGACUUGGGUCAAGGAACUGCAUAAACAAGCCUCACCAAAUAUUGUUAUUGCGUUGGCUGGCAACAAAGCGGAUCUGUCAAACAUUCGUGUCGUGGAGUUCGAUGAAGCGAAGCAAUAUGCCGAGGAGAACGGCUUGCUGUUCAUGGAAACGUCUGCGAAGACAGGCAUGAACGUCAACGAUAUCUUCUUGGCCAUUGCCAAGAAACUACCUAAGAACGAUGGCGCCAACAAUCAGGGAACCAGCAUAAGGCCGAACGGGAACGAAACAAAUCGACCGACAAACAACUGCUGCAAGUGAUGUCCUUUUGUAGAAAAUGAAAUUUCCAACGAGAGAUUUGAAAAGUUUAUGCUGAUAAUUAUGAAUAAAAAAAUUAUUUAAAAAUUUAACUGAAAAAAAAUAUAUAACAGAGAGUACAUAAAAAUCGGUUCUCUCAUGGGGCAAAAACAAUAAUGAUAGAAACCGCAUAAUAUUAAUUAUAAAGUUAAAAGGAUGAAGCCCCUCCCCAAUAUGACGGAAAGUUAGUUACAUAUUCUCCUCACACCUCAAUAUCUCCCCCCGCCCCCCAUUUGACUCGAUAUCUGUCCAAAAACUGACACGCCCCGCAAUUGAGCUACACUAUCAGUAUAAUACCGACAUAAACCAUUUCAAAUAAUAUUACAAAAAAAAAUAAAAGAAAUCUUUUAGAGAAAGCGCAGAAGGUUUUUGCAAAGUUCAAUGUGUCGUAGAAAGUUUUGAAAUCGCACUGUAUAAAAACAAAAGGAGCGAGCAAAUAAUAUUUGUAAAGUUUUGAAUUUCUCAGUCAGUUUCCAAGCGAAUUAAAUGAAGGAAAAUUCCAGUUGCAGUUGUUCUCAGCAGCGUUCCAAAUGCAAAAAAAAAAAAAAAUGAAAAACAAACACCACAAUGAGCAAAGUUCGGGUCAGCGGCUGAAGAUCCUCGCUCGCCUCGGUAUGUGGCAAUGAGUGUGUCUCUCUACGGCUCUAAGUCUCGGAUCCGGGUCGGUCAUGGAUUACUAUACGGAUUCGACUUGAAGUCGUGUGGGAUGGACACGUGUGAUAGUUGCAAUUUAUAUAAAUUAUAUAUACACAUAUGAAAAUGAAAAACAAAACCACAAAAAACAAAAGUAUGCAUAAUUUUUAAUUUUUUUUAGUUUUGUAUUGCGUUGAACUAUUUUUCCACAUUCUAGCAACGAUCGAAGAUUUAAUGCUACUAUCUUUAAACAUAAACGAGAGGAAAUUAAACAAAAAAAACUAUCGUAAACCAUAAAAUUUAAAAUUACAUCUAGUAUGCAAUUAAGCGAAGCGAAAGAAGUAACGUGAAGUCUUAAAUAUAAAUCUUGAAUACUUUACCAUAAAUGCAAAAUGCAAAAAGAAACGUAAAUAAAAAACCGAACAACAAAACACAACAUCUACUUUGUUUGAAUCGUUCCACAAACAUCUAUGAUUUGAUCAAAAAUUGUAUUGCAAAACCCGAGAACUAUGAUCAGAUCCGAUGCUUAUUCCUUUCCAAUUUAUAAUUUUUAUGUUGUCUGUAUGUAUUUAAAUUUAACAUUUAUAAAUUAUAAUAAAUGAAAACAUCGUAUGUAAUCAUAUGUAUGAUUCACUAUACAA